AUGUGCAACGUAGAAGAUCAAGAUCUUCUACCUCCCAGUAAGGCAAAGAAUGCGAGUCGGACUUGUAUCAAAUGUAAGGAAGUAGCUCAAAUAGUUCUCAGAGCGGAUAACUGUUAUUGCAGAUCUUGUUUCAUUGCUUAUUUUACUCACAAAUUUCGAGCAACUAUUGGAAAGUCUAAAUUGAUCAGAUCAAAUGAAAAGGUUUUAUUGGCAUUCUCUGGUGGCCCACGAUCUUCAGCUAUGCUAUAUUUAGUCCAUGAGGGCCUGUCUGAAAAUAUUCAUAAAAAGCUGCGAUUUCUACCUGGAGUUGUAUUUAUAGAUGAUGGUGCAAUCCUACAGCUAUCGGAAAAUGAACGGCGUAAUUACUUAGAAUUUAUUCGCACAACCGUAUCGAAGACAGGUUUUCCGUUAUUUUGCGAGAGUUUAGGAAAGAUAUUUCCAACCAAUCAAGAUACCAAUAUCCAAAGUAAUCUCUUAUCGUCGGACUUGAGCAACACUACUCGUAGCGACGCUACUUCAAGUUCUAAUUUUGACCUAGAUACUUUAAUUAAAAGAUUUAAAAAUGAUGAACUAAAAAUCGUGCAAGUUUUCGAAAAGUUACCCAACUCUACAGCUAAAGAGGACAUGUUACAUAUUUUAAGAAAAAAAUUAAUCCAACAAAUUGCUGAAGCGAACGGUUAUACAAAGGUUAUGUUUGCUGAUUGUGGAACUAGGCUAGCAGUCAAAAUUUUAAGUGAUAUUGCUCAAGGCCGGGGCUCAUCGGUUGCACAUGACGUGACCUUUGCUGAUGAGAGAAAUCAAGCAGUCACUCUCGUUAGACCUAUGAGGGAAUUUCUGACGAAAGAAGUUGCAAAUUAUUUGACGCUGAAAAGUAUAGAUUACAGAACUAGGUUAUCCUUAACAACUAUGAAGCCGGUUAAAAGUAGCAUCGAACGUUUAACUGAAAAUUUUGUUACAGACUUGCAGGCCAGCUUUCCUUCAACAGUAAAUACCAUUUGUAGAACUGGAGAUAAAUUAUCAGUAGGGGAUACUUCCAAGAUUGAUGCUGAUGCAAUUUGUCCUUUAUGCGACUCUCGCAUAGAUACCAACAAUAGCUUGGAAGGUAAAACAACAUCUAAAACUACAUCUAAAAUAUGUCAGAAUACUGCUGAUUCUUGCUGCGGUGAAGGUGAUGGUUCCUGCAAUAGAAUUGCAAGGAUAAACUUAACUGCUAAAGAAAUCGAAGAUAGACUGUGUUAUGGUUGUAGGUUAAUAUUCCAUAGCAAUAAUUGGGAAAUGGAUGAUUUACCCCAGUUUCUGAUAGAUGCUAUUGAAAAGCAAUUGAGGAGGAAAAGAUUGAAAGAAGAAAUUGAAGAGUUCUUAUUGGAUUAA